AGGAGGAGGAAGAGAAGGAGAAUUAGCAUGGGGCAGAGACAUAUGUAAUUUCAGUUUCAUGUGGCCCUGAGCCCAAAGUCAGACCAGCCCAGUCCUGCAGCAGCUCCUCUCAGGAAGAAGCCUACAUGAGCUAGAAAGCAGAAGCUGUCAGUCGCUGAGUUCAGAGAAAAGUUGUGAGAGUCAGUCUCAGCAUGGCCGGGGGCUCGGUGUCUGAGUGUAAGGAGUACUUGUUCAAAGUGCUGGUCAUCGGGGAGUUAGGCGUCGGCAAAACCAGCAUCAUCAAACGCUACGUGCACCAGCUUUUCUCGCAGCACUACAGGGCAACGAUCGGGGUCGACUUUGCACUAAAAGUUAUCAACUGGGACAGCAAAACGCUGGUCAGGUUGCAGCUGUGGGACAUCGCAGGUCAGGAACGAUUUGGGAACAUGACGCGAGUGUACUACAAAGAGGCUGUGGGAGCAUUCGUGGUGUUCGAUGUGACAAGGGGCUCCACGUUUGAGGCUGUGUCUAAGUGGAAGCAUGACCUGGACAGCAAGGUGAAGCUGGCUAAUGGCAACCCCAUCCCCUCAGUGCUGCUCGCCAAUAAAUGCGACCAGAAGAAAGAGAGCUCCAACAACACAGCCCUAAUGGACAAUUUCUGCAAAGAGACUGGCUUCCUGGGCUGGUUUGAAACCUCGGCUAAGGAGAAUAUCAACGUAGACGAGGCAGCACGUUUCCUGGUAGAAAAUAUCUUGGCUAAUGACAAAGGUUUGCCAUAUGAGGACAGCAAUGGAGAUGGGUUCAAACUGGCCGAGGAGACUAUGAAGCCUGCUGAGAGCAAGUUGGGUUGCUGCUGACACUCGAUCUAUUCACAUUAACCAACUGCCUCCCUUUGGCAGGGUCCAACCCCAGCACCCGGCCUCAGCACUCUACUGCAGCCUCUCUGAAGGAUUAUAAAUUGUUGGGUUUUCAAAGCUGCGGGAUCUUCUCCUCUCUGCACUGAUGCCUGUUUGACCUGCACAUCCAAGUUUUUCGUAGUUUUCUUUAGGACAGAAUAGAAGCCCAAUUUUAUCUUGAUGUUGUCGCAAUUGUUGUCACUGGCACUGCCUAUAUCUUUGUCCCACACUUUUAACCUGACAAAGCAUCUUUAUUAUUGUGAUUGUCUCACUGCGUAUUUCCCUGAUUGUGUAUUCUGCCACCAUCUAAACGAUGAACCCACCCAGUCCUCCACACUUGAACCCUGUUGCCCUGACAGCCUUUGAGGCCUUGGGCCAAUGUUGUGUUCCAUUUGUACCGGGAAGUCAGAAUUUCCAAGUUCCCAGUUCUGUUCGAAUUCCCCUGAAGUCAGAUUUAUGACUCACCAGUCUGAAUCUUAAAUUCCAAGAUGGCUGUCUGGCACAUAAUAUACAGCGUAAUGUGUUAUCAACUGGUAUUGCUAACAAAGGGUAACCUGACAAGAACUGGUAUUGCAGAUCUUAGUUUGGUUUGGUCAACUCGGAUGUGACGUAAUUCCCAACUCAGACCUUUAACUUACGAGGUAAAUAGAACGCAGCAUUUACCACGCCUGGGAAGGGGCGCAAACUAUGCUGAAAUUUGAGAAACACAAGCUUAAAAAUAACCUGUAUCCUCUUAAUUUCUGUCAUUUUGGUCUAUUCUCUCUUUGUACCAUUAUCAUUCAACAUUUAUCUGCAAAACAACACACUUAAAUGUCCAGUGCUGAAGUAUUCCUUCAGUUUACAUAGAUGCAUGGUAAUGACAGCACACGCUUUGAUUUUCCAGCUGUUCUCUAGACUACUAUGUAAAAACGAAGCAAACAGACAUCACAGUUAAGCAUCAUCAAAUGUAAUAUAUCUCAUACUGCUGUCAUGAAUUGUUGCCUUAAUGCCAUAUUUUCAGUAAUGUUAUGUGCCAUAAUACAGUUUUUGUUAUGUUAAUCAAAGGGGGAUGCUUUGUUAAUGACUCUGACAUGUACAGACACAACAAAGACGGACGAUACAGUAUUUCAGAAAAAAACUCUAAUAGCAAUACUAUAUUAGAUUUGAUUAUCUUUCCACUGGUAUGAACAUGUAGAUCUGAGUGCUUUUUUUGUUGUUGUUUUUUUUGUUUUAUGUAUGUUGGGUCAUGCAUUAAGCAACUGGUGAGAGAACAAAUUCAGAGGACUACACUCUUGUACAUUAAAGAGUUCUGAUGAAAUAUGAAGGAUUUUUUUAAACACGGAGUUGAGAUUAAGUUUACAUGUGAAAAUACCUUAAAUCUACAAGACCAAAAUAGAAUAAACAUUCAAACAGUUUUGUGUUGUCUAGUAGUAAUUAGACUGUUUUUUUUCCAAUUCAUUUAUCUGAGUACAUCUACUGUAUUUAUAUAAAUAACAACAAAACACUGGCGCAGUGGUGGUGUUGGUCCAAAGCCGUGCAUACCCCAAUUAACAUGCCCCAACAUGUUAUCCAUCAUGAUCAAAAUAUGACGAAGUAGAUCAGCUUCUUUGCAUCACAACAGGAAUUUUUCACAAUUUCCUACCAGUGGUUGGCUCGUUGGACUCCCUCUUGUGAGUGGUUUGUGUACAACGUGUACAACGUGUACAACGUGUCCAUGAUAACACACAGAGCUGACCAUAGUCAGAUGAGAGGCCAUGUCGUAAAUUGCAUUAAAGACCCCAGUUGAGACAUAUACUCUGAAUUAUAUAUGUCCAGAUCAUUCCCAUAAAACCCAAAUAAUAUCGGCAUAUCCCACGUCUGAAUAGGAAAUUACUAAAUUUGGAAAACUUUACUAUUCUGAAAACUGAUUCAGAAUAGUACAGUGAAAUGUGAAGUUAAUCUGGCCUUAUCAAAUUCAGAAUAUUGUCAUAUUUGGCAUAAUAGGGGAACAUUGGUGUGCAUGCAACCAUAGCCAUUUUUGUACACCCGCCAUCAAGGACAUAAAGAGUAUAGAAGUAGAUCAAGAAUGAGAUACCCCCCCCCAACACAGACCAAACUCAGGUCAAACAGUAAAACUAGGCAGUCUGAGUCAAAUAUAAAUCAAGACUCUGUCACUGCGAUGUCUGUCUUCCCUAAAAUGUUUAAAAAUGUAUUUUAGUGCACUGCUUAGCUGUAAGAGUGACUUUGUUUACAGGUUUGUGUACUUUAUUUUCAAAGCAGAGGCUGAAAAAACUGAGAUCAAAAGUAAAACUGAGCAGUCAUGAUCAUAUAUGAAUCAAGAUUCUGUCACUGUGUUUCUUAUUUCUUGUCUCAGAUGUUUUCAGAAACAUUUAAGCUUGCUGUUUAACUGUAUUAAGAUAUCAUUUGUUCCUGGCAAGCUGCCAUAUUGUUUUCUGUGUCAAAACAAACAAGCUUACAUUACGUCACCUGCCAGAGGGGGCGUUAAUUAGUCUGAUGCAGCACUGUGCACACUAGUAGUAUUAGGAUUUCUACCUCUUGAGUAAAAUUGAAUGCCACAGC